UUGAAGUUUUUCUCCUCCUCUUGUUGCUUCGCAUCUCUUUCAAAAAUGUCUGGUUCCAGUUCAUCAUCUUCACAAAUGGGGGAGAAUAAAGUCCCCAACUUCAGUAAUCUUAAACACUUUGCAGAAACCGACCAGAUCUGGUCCAUCAAUAAGAUCAGCGAUGAGGUCGUGAAUUUUUUGGCUGCUCACCUAAAAAAGUUGAAGAACUUCCUAGAUACAGAAGAUGAGGAACUUCAUGAUCUUUAUUACAAUUUUGAGACAGUCAGCGAAGACUUAGAAGAUGUUAAAAAUGCCAUCGUGCAACUCAACAAGUUCGAAAUUUUGGUCAACGAGCAGAUCAGAGCUUUUGUGCAUCCCAACUUGCCUGCUAUCGAAAGGCUGGAAGAAGCUGCUGGAAGGCUGGAAGAAGCUGCUGAACAAUCUGAAUCCCAGAGCCUGCAGAGUGUUGAUCAGCAGUCUAUCCCAAUCAGCGUUAGGAAGGUGGUUCCUGAAAUGGGUGCAGCUGUGUCAGAAUUAAAGGCGAAGCUCAAAUUAACUCCCCAGAAUGACCCAGCUGGUGAGGGCCAUGAGGCUGCAGUAACCGAAACCCCAUUAGAAAUUGAACAGAAAGAAAUAGAUGAUGCUGGUCUGCACAUGAUACCAACUAUACCUCCUGAACAGAUCGAAGGAACUUCAAUCUUCCAGUAUUUUGCAGAACAGUAUUCGAAGCUCAGUCAAAAUAUGAAAGAGUGUUUGUCAUGCAUUAGGGUGUUUCCAGAUGAUUUCGUUAUAAGGAAGACACUCUUAAGGUAUUGGUGGAUGGCAGAGGGCUUGCUAGAUACCACCAGGGCGGCAGAGGAGAAGAGGGCGGCAGAGGAGAAGAUAGCGGAACUCAUAAAAAGGGGCUUCAUUGAACCGGUUAUGGAGGGAGGGAGAACACUAGAGAACAAAUUCAUCAGAAUGAAUCCCUUCAUUCGUUUAAUCGUUAUGACGCUAGAGAAGAGAGAAGGAAACUUUGAUUUUGAUUCUAAAGGGGACUUACCACAAGGUGUUACUGGCAAGGUAAUCCUGCUGAGUACCACUACCGACCAGAAGUAUUCCCAGUAUGCAAUAAGGAAUCAAGAUCCAACAAAUUUGGAGAUUUUAGUCAAUGUCAAUCAAUCUCUCAUAGAUCUGCAGAGUUUCUGGCUAUCCAAGGCGAAAAGUCUCCGUGUCCUUCAGCUAGGUGGCUGGGAAGGCUCCUCUAACGAUGAUAUUCAGGUGGCUAGCACCGAAUUCUUGAAAAGUUUUGUCAAUCUGAAAUCCCUGACGUACGUAGGUUUAAAUAUGGUCUUCGGAAUUCACGAGCUCCCGCCUUCUGUUUCCAGUCUUGGUAAUCUGAGGAUACUGGAUCUCAAAGCAUGCCACAAUUUAACAAAAAUUCCGGCCGAGAUAAGCAAGCUCACCAGCCUUACUCAUUUAGACAUGUCGGGCUGUUAUAUGAUAGAAAGCAUACCAAAAGGAUUAGGGCACCUGAAAGAGCUCCGAGUUCUUAAGGGGUUUGUGGUUGGAGAUCCAGAAAAAAGGGAUACGUGCAAGAUAGUUGAUUUGACAAAUUUGAAGAAAUUGAGAAAACUAGGCGUUGUCUACUGCUGCGUGGAAGCUGAUGCAGGAGAGGCAACAGAGCUGGAAGGUUUAUCAGAGUUUGAAGCAUUGCGUUCCCUUACAAUAGCAUGGGUUGAAGUUCCCAGACCAUCUUCAUCAAAGCACUCCAAAGGAAAGUGCCAUAUAGGUAAUUGUUUCCGGAUAUUGGUCAGAAGGUGUCAUGAGAUUGGUGCAAAAGUAAAGAGAGGUUAUCCACUCAAUACGGGAAUAGGAUUGAAAAGAACAGCUAACCCAGAUCCUGUGCCAGAAAAGUUAGGUCCGAUCAAAACAGAAAAGGCCAAGAGCAUUGGGAUGCCUUCCCCAGAUGACAGACCGAUUCUUCCUGAACAAUUAGAGAAGUUAGACCUCCGAUGUUAUCCCAAUUCUAGUUUGCCCAUCUGGAUAAAUCCAGAUUCACUGAAGUAUCUAGAAAAACUCUACAUCAGAGGAGGACAUCUCUGUUGUCUGAAGGAGUUCAAAACUGUUAAAACUUUACGCCUGAGGUACUUGACUAAAUUGGAAAUGGAUUGGAAGCAAUUGACCUCAUUGUUUCCAGACUUGCAAUUCCUGGAAAAGGCUCGUUGCCCGAAACUCAGCCUUUUUCCUUGCAAUGGAUACGGGGAAUGGAAGAGGAACACUGAGCAUUAGCAUAGUUUUUACCCUUUUUUUUUUUUAUUUGUUUCAACAAUCUAUGUAAUUUCUUCAAUACAUAAUUUUUAAUAUAUCGAUGGUAUUUCUUCCUUACUAAUUUAUACUUGGUGUUUCUAUUUAUUGCUCUCUAUUUCUGGUUGUGGAUUGUUUUUUCUGGACAUAAUCCCAUUAUAGUUUUAUUAUUAUUAUUAUUAUUAUUAUUAUUAUUAUUAUUAUUAUUAAAGGACAAAGAGUUUC